AUGGAAGCCUGGGAAGUGCUCUGUAGUAAAGCGUUCAAUGGCGACGAAGCUGCCAAUCACCUGAUUCUGUUCCUGGAAGGAUGUGGCAAAUUAACGGCGACCGGAUUCACCGUAACGACAUCGUCCCUGAACAAUCCCGAUUGCGCAUUACUUGAGCAAUUAGGUUUUGUUGCUGCCCAGCCACAGAACAACAACAACGAAUAUACCCUACCAGGGCAACAAUGGUCUUCAUUUCUCGAGAAAAAACGAAAUGCGCGUGUAGCCUGGCACGAGCAACGACAGCGCGAGUUGCGAUUGGAGUUGAACGAUGCCUUGAAACAAAUUCAGGUUCUCGACGGUGUGAAUGACCAACAACGCUUAGCACUCGUGAAAGAAUUUGCUCGACGGUUC